AUGUGCUUUCCCAGCAGGAACGUUGCAAUGAGGGAAACACAAUGCUCAGGACGCUCUCUGAGCUGCACGUGAGCAGACUGACAGGCAAUGACAAGAGGCUGAAGACGAAGCUCUUGUCAACACUAAAGACCUGCAUUGAAAAAUGCAAUCCAGAUUUCUUGGGAGACCAUCAGCAGGACGCCCAUGAGUUUUUGAUGGUCAGCCUGUCCCAUCUGAAAGAAGAGGGCGAGCUUCUGCGGAGCUACUGGCCAAAAUACACCUGUCCUGUGGCUAAUAUGGAAUUCCAGCUCAACCGUCUGCGCACCUGUAACAGCUGUGGCUUCCAGAGGAGCUUCAGAGAGGAUUACAACUACCUCUCUGUGGUCAUCAGUCCUCGAGGAUGCCUCAUAGACAGCCUGCAGCAGUACUUCAAAAGAUCUUCGUUUGACUGCUCAUGCAGCGAGUGCGCUGGCUCUACAGCCUCCGAGGAGCUGGAAGUAAUUGUCCUUCCACGCAUCCUGGUGCUUCUGGUCAUGCGUUUUGAUAUCGCAUCCUCAAUGUCCAAGCUGAAGGAUCGACUGAAAGUCCCAAAAGAGUUUUCUCUGUCCUGCAGCACAGGUGGAAGCAUUAGACAGCAGCAGCACACAGUACAGACUAUCUGCUGCUGUGUCACAUCUGGGCAGCAGUUUGUAUUGUGGGCACUACAUCAGUCACAUCCCUGACCUCACUGGAUCUGGAUGGCUGGAAUGCAGCGACUCAUCCAUCAGAAAAUCCAGCUGGUCCAAAGCAUCAUGUAACAUCGAGAGAAACGGAUACAUGCUCUUCUAUGUGAAGAGCUGAGCAGAAGCUGAUUGAUGAUGCAGUUUUGAAGAGGAAAGGAAACACUGCAGAGAUGCAUUCUGGAGAGAUCUACAUCGAUGUUUCACUGCAAGAAAAGCAGACUGCUCCUAAUAAAAAAAC